CUAUUGCACUGUUGUGCGAGGCCAAAGUCACACAAAGUCACCCCGAAGAAGUGUCUUGCAGGUACAAAUGUGGGGCGUUGUCGCAUAUCAAUGGAUCUGGAUGGGUUACCGGUAUCUAGGCUCAACUUCGGCUGCGUUUGUGUCACGGGCUUCCGAGGUCCAGCUUCGCGCUACUUUACGACAUUCUUGACAACAUCUUCAUGUUUCAUCGGAGUGGUGCGAAGUAAGUGGACGACCGAUUGUGUCAACGACGAUGUUCCCCCGGGGAACGCCUUCAAGAUCUACUUCGAGACAGCCGACUUCGCUGCCCCUCCAUGCCUGCGCCACGUCUAUGCUUCUUCAAGACGGCUCAGCCUUGCUCAGCUAACGCUUUAUGACUAGCGCAAUUGUAAACACCACAUAAAUCGACGAUCAUUACCAUCGUAGACUGAUAGUUGCAAGUUCAGGCGUCCAGCAGUAAGGCUAUGUAAUGCAUACCUACCUAACGUAGGCCA